AUGUGUGCAGAUUCACCUGAUGGUUGUGAGCUUUGCCUGACAUUAUGUUACAUUUGUUGCCAAGCAUAUGUGUCGAUAGCCGAUUUUUGGGCCUUUUAUUUCUGCGUUACAAAAUCAAAUGGAUAUCCUCGAGAAACUUCUUGUAACUGCUGUUGCUGUGUCAAAAGGGUAACUCCGCCAGGUCCUCCAACAGAGAAUCUGGAUAUUGGUGCCAAUGUGGAUCAAGCAAUUAUUGUGCAACCACCCUCAACUCCUCCGCCUUCUUAUGAAAGCAUUGCACUUGAUCUAAAUGGAGAAAAUAAAGUUCCAGAGAAAAUGAACAGUGAAGCCAUAGUAUAUUAA